AUGGCUACCCCUAGUGUCCUCGCUUUUGACGCUGAGGGUCGAGCCAUUGACAUUGACGUCUGGGUAGAUGACCUGCAGCUGUUCUUACAGUGCGACAGGGCAGACGGUCUCUCUCUCUUUAACCUCACCUUUGGCGCCUCUCCUGCCCCUGCUGCUGAUGCUGACGCCACUGUUCACUCCCAGUGGGCCACGCGCGACGCUGCUGUACGUCUUGCUGUGCGUCGCCACCUCCCUACCUCCGAGCGUGCGCACUUUAGUCAGUACAAGAGUGCUCAGACCUUGUACGACGCUGUAGUUGCACGCUACUCCUCCCCUGCCACUGCUGCACUGAGCCGUCUCAUGCUACCGUACCUCUUCCCUGACCUUGCUGCCUUUCCCACAGUCGCUGACCUCAUUAUGCACCUCCGCACUAGUGACACUCGCUACCGCGCUGCGCUUCCUGCUGACUUCUGCGCCAAGAACCCCCACCCCAUGUACAUCACCCUCUACUACAUCGUCACCCGACUCCCUGACUCCCUUUGCGUAGUCAGGGACCACUUCCUCGCAGUGUGCCCCACCACUCUCACCGUUGACCUCCUCGAGAAGGCCCUCCUAGCGGCGGAGAAGAGCAUACUCGCUGUAGGAGCCUCUCGUGGUGACCCCCGCACCCCUGUCUUUGAGGGGUGUUCUCCCUCCCCCCUCUUGCCCUCUGUUGCUUCUGCUGCUGCGGCCGACCUCGUUGGUUUUGAGCCGGUCCCCCCCCGGUAG